AAUAAUAAAAAUGAAUCUUCAUUUUCAAACUAUAAUAAUACUAUUUUAAUAUCCAAAUCAAAUUUUACACAUCAAAUAAAUAAUAGUUUUAAUAAUUUAAAUAAAAGAAAUUAUUCAACAUCAUUACUAGAUUUAAAUACAUUUCAUGAUUUGGUAGAUGCCGAAAUCGAAUUAUAUAGCGAAAGAUUAGAAAUUUUAUCAGAGCAAAAUACCAUACCAGGUUUCGAUAUUGAAUCAGGAGAUGGAGUUUUAACUAUUAAUACAGGAUCAGGUGGCACAUAUGUACUUAAUAAACAAACACCAAAUAGACAAAUAUGGUGGUCAUCACCUAUCAGCGGUCCAAAAAGAUUUGAUUACAAUGAAGAUACUCAAAGAUGGGAAGAAAAUAGAGAUAAAGAGCCAAUGAGAGAAUUGUUAACAAAAGAAAUUAAACAACUUUGUAAAUUUGAUAUGAAUAUU